GGAUGUGUUUGCUUUUCGCUGCUACAGUUUCGCGAAGUUCACCUUCAGUCUGUUGGAGCACUCAAACCAGUGUGGACAUAGAAAACAUCUAAAGUUUGAUAGCGCACUGUCUGGGAGUUGGUACGAGGGAGACCUGGCAGUCAGACACACGCUCGAGAGUGGGAGAGCGUAAUAAACUAAGUGAUAUUAGUGCGGUGUGAUAGAUGGUUGCUUUUGGUGGAUUGAACCGCUUGAUUGGUAUUAAGUGGAAGAGUGGAAAAUUGGCAUGAAAUUGGAGAUUUCGCAGACGUUCGGUGGAAAUUGAAAGCAAUUGAGUGAUUCGAAGCAAAUAGUGUAUGGAAAAAGAGAGUAAUAUUGAUUGUCAUUAUUAUAAUUUUUAUAACAGGUAAACUGUGCGGGAUUUGAAGGUUUAAAAUAGUUUAAAUAUGUGAAUUGUGCAUAUAGAAAGGAAAAACAAGUUUGUGACUACUAUUUACGACUUCGCAAACAGCAAAAGUGAGUUAUUGGAAGCGAAUAUUGUGCUAAAUUAAAGUGUGAUACUCGGAAACCACAAGUAAAUUCCUGGAUAAGUCCGAUUAGUUGGACUAAAUGUACAACAAACUAAAUAGCAACAUCUAUGUUGUUCUUGUACUUCCAACAUACGGAUUGAUAAGCACAAGUGACGCGUGCAUCUCACAAAAGCAGAAUAAAAAAUAUACAAGCCUGAAAGCAGACAAAAAGUGAAUGAAAGUAUAGAAAACGCUUUACGGUGUGUAAAAUAAGGUGAACAGUACCAGAAAAUUCAUCUCGUUCCCUGCUCAUACUUUUGGAACGCGUGCUCUUCUCAACAUUUCCGGAAGGAAUAAUAGAAAACGUACACAGCAACUUUGCGUACAGGCCAAUGGAAAGUGUUUUCAUACUCAUACCUUUAGUGCUAAGCAGCAUUCAAGCUCGGAACAGAAUAGGAUAAAAAAUAUCAAAACAUUUCCCAUACAAUCAAAUAAAAUCACUUUACACACCUCUCUUUAUAAGCGGAGUAAUAACAUCACAUACCACGCGGCGUAGUUCCUUCUGGCCUGACAGUCAGCGUCGGCAUCAACAGACGACGGCAGUUGGAAGCUUGCUUGCUGCUCUCACAGGAGACACGCGCCUCGUUCGCUGCCGCUAAACCAAGCUGCAAGUCUAGCGAGAAGUGAAAUCACCUUCCUUCCUCUGCCAGCAGCACCCAUCACCAAUAGGCGGGUGAACAGUUGACGAAGCUUGGGUGGAAAAACAUCGCGCACGCCGGCUUCUACUCUUCCUCCCUUUUCACGGGUGCCGUUAUCGUCAGCACCUUUUUUGUCCACAGACGCUCGUUCGGUUUUCCCAACUACCGGUGAAACGUUAUAAGGAUAUUUUCCACCCGGAGAGUGAACAACGGUAGGCAGAGAAAGAGAGUGCGAAGAGUGUGAGAAGGGGAGAAAGAUCAAGCUCCAAAAGAGGCAGAGUGCCAGCACCAGUCCUGCUCAGUGUAACAGAACUCCAUUAAAUUCCUGGGGAAAAAAGCGAAAAAAGUAGCGAAACCGGAGAGAAAAAAAUACAGUGGAAGUGAGAGGACUUAACGAGCAGGUCUCAGUUUGCGAGUGUGGAACAGAAAGAGAGCAAAAAAUAUCAGGCAGCGGCAGCACUGAGGCGCACCGAGCUCGUAUAAUCAAUUGGCAAACUGGGCACCCAUGGGACACCGAAACGCCGAGGGGCUGGACAUGAGCCUCCUGUGAAAAACUUAAGCUUCGGUGACGUCAAGCGUCCAGUGUCAGGAAUGCACAGCACUGAAAAUGUUGCUGUGGAACCGAUCAACGAUCACACAGUCAAUGUACAGGCAACAAGGACCCUCAACGCCGCCAGUGUUACUGCUAUGGGACACACGACAGUUACACAGAACGCACCGGCAAUCCAAUCAUCGGUCUCGUCCACCCCGAAUCUCAUCAGCAGCACUGGGAUGGCCAAGGACUGCGCUGGCUGCGGGAAACGUAUCACCGAGCGAUUCCUGCUGAAAGCCUUGGACCUGUUCUGGCACGAGGAUUGCCUCAAGUGCGGCUGCUGUGAUUGCCGGCUCGGUGAGGUCGGCUCUACCCUGUAUACUAAAGCAAACCUAAUACUGUGUAAGCGAGACUAUCUCAGACUGUUCGGCACUACCGGGUACUGUGCCGCGUGCAACAAGGUGAUACCGGCGUUCGAAAUGGUGAUGCGUGCCAAAAACAACGUCUACCAUUUAGAAUGCUUCGCCUGUCAGCAGUGCAAUCACCGGUUCUGCGUGGGCGACCGUUUUUAUUUAUGUGAUAAUAAAAUUUUAUGUGAAUACGACUACGAGGAACGAUUAGUGUUCGCCAGCAUGGCAUGCAACCCAUCUAGUUUAGCGCAUAUACGGAGGCAAGUUAGUAAUUUACAGCCAGCCGGAGAAAAUCUCAUCGGUAAUGUCGGCAGUGGACGUAUGCCGCCAACCGUUAAUCGAUCUGCAUACGUAGCAGACAAACUUGGUCUAACACAGCAGCAACAACAGCAACAGCAACAGCAGCAGCAACAGCAAGGACCCCAACAUCAACAGCACCCACCAGUAUCAUCGAAUCACGCGACGCAACACCAUUCUCAGCCUCCCCAACCAUCGCCACAGCAAUCCCAGCAAUCGGCUGGUGGGAGUCAUCUCCAGAAUCCUGCCCAGCAACAGCAUCAUCCUAGCAAUCUUGGCCCUCACCGAGAUGAUGGCUCUAGCGGCUAUGGGAGCCCCGAUUCGGAAACCUUCGAGACUCCAGCCACUCAAUGACGGCCAGUACCCUGAUUCUGCGAGGCCAUUUAGUCGCGGCCACUGCUAGUGGGAUAUGGUUUAUUAUCAUUCGUUCAAUACCGUGCAAGUUGAAUGACGUGUUUCUGAAGUGAUGUUGAUGGUUCCUUUUUGGUAUAGCUAUUGAUCCACGUCGGCUGUGAUGGAUCGCUCUUUUGGGGCUUUUUCAUUACUUUUUAUUAUGUAAUGCUAAAGUAAAAUCCAGUUGAAUUUUCAGUUAUCCCAUCGUAAAAUCGAUAGUUUAACGCUAUCUCACUAUCAAAAUGCAAAAUUUUCGCACCGUAGAGCCACACUAAAGGUUCACUCGAGAGUGCUUUGUUAGUACACACACAGAGUGUGUCUCUACGUUGUGUGAAUUUUGAAUUUUGAUAGGGAGAUGGGUUGACUGAAAAUUCAAUUGAAUGUAACUUAAGCAUUCUAUACUAAAAAGUAAUGAAAAAGUCCCAAAAGAGCGAUCCAUCCCUGCACGUCAGAACAGUAGUUUCUACACGAUGUCGAUAGGUUUGUUUCAUUCGUGGAAUCCUCUGGCACUGUAAAAGCUGUAAGCGCAAGAGAUGUUUCUAGUAAUUAUAAAUCAAAAUCCUAGUGAUUUGGAACCGGAAUCAGAAUCUUAGCUAUUUAAAAAAUUCCCCAGUCGAAUUUGGAGUCAGGUAUUGUUUUACCUCCUCUAAAAUGAAAAUAAAGCAGAACAUAAGAUGGGUGAAUUCUAUUAAAUUGUUAUAAACAAAUUUCAAAUUUUCCACAUUCGGUGAAUUUUGAAACCUAAAACACAUUUCGAAAUUCAUUUUUGAAGUUUUCAAAUUGAUGGAUUCUUUUAAAACUAUUACUGUAGACUAUCAGGUGCCGGCACCGGUGGGUCUGGGUUCAAUCCCAGCCGAGGUCGGUGCGAUUUUUCUGAGGUAUAAAAAUCUCUGGUCACGUCUUCCUUCGGAAGGGAAGUAAAGCCGUUGGUACCGGCUCAUGUGUGUUUGAAUGGGUGCAAUAUCUUACGCAGGUGUGGAAGCUGCCUUCCUGCACAUUCGAUUGCCGUCAAUGGAUGGCAAUCGAUGUCCGCCGUUGAUUGGCUGGCACUAGAUUGCGGAACAGAGACCGACGUUAAAUAAAGGAAUGAAGACUAACAGGUCUUCUUAAAAACAUGAUUGAUUGAUUGAUUUCUUUAUUAUAGAGACUUUCAGUCGUUGGCUGGUUCGUCUCUACAAAAAUAUGAUUUAUGUUUUAGGAGUAUCUGUCAAUUUUUAAAUUUUUCGACCUUGGGAAAAGAAAAUCAUUGAGACUCGCUUGCAUUUUUUUUUUGCAAGCCGAGGCCGAGUGUUACUUCACAUUGAAAACGAAGUGGUCAAAGUGCAAAGGUCAACUGAGAUUUAUUCAUAUUUCAACGAACAAAGAAAUCAGUGCCAACAUUUCAAAAGGGCGUAAUUGCUUUUGUAAACAAUGGCUUUAGCCGUUGAUUUCUCGCGAAUGAAAUCUUACCUCUCCAAAAUAACAAUGCUUGCUGGUAGACGAAACAUUCCUCUACCUGAUGGUGUUAUUAUUUUUCAUGAGUGAGCUUUUAUUCGCGAUAAAUUGACGGCUCUAGCCAUUGUUGACAAACACAAUUACGCCCCUUUGAAAUGUUGGCACUGAAAUACGAAUUUAAAAAUUUAAAUGUGUUCAUGUAAAAUUUAGGUUUCACUGUUAUAUGCUUCAGGUCAGACUGCGAAGUAUAUCAAUGGACCAAAAGUAAUAUUAUUUGGAAAUAUUUUGAAGAUUUAAAAACUAGAAUGAUCUCUUGACAGAUCGGACCCAAUUUCAUCAAAAUAACUAGGGAAAAUAUGUACUCCAAACUCCACAACAACAUCAGUUCAUGAAGCAUUCAAACAAACUAUAAAUCAGGCCUGCAGAAACACACACGGAAAGAUAAAAAAAAACUUUGUAUACAUAGUCUAGUCGAAAUAAAUAUUACAAAUACUGGUAAUGUAAUUCCCUAAAAUCAAAGAUAAGAACGAACCAUUGUUUAUCUCGUAGCAUUUAAGUGAUAAAGUUGUUAAUUUAUUUCGAUUCUCGCACUGUACAUAUUGUCACCAACAAGAAGAUACACAUUGAAUAAGCUAUUGCAAUCAAUAGGCAAAUUUAUAAACAAAAUUGAGUAUGAGAAGUAUUACCGAUACAAAGCUAAGUUCUUCUUGUAGAACGAACAAAAAGAAACGAAUUAAUGUAACUACAUAAUAAGGAAAAGUAAACUUAAAAGGUAGGAAGAUUGUUUUAAGGGAAAGAUUACAUUUUGAAAACAUAUCUCUACGUUCUACUACACAGAUGAUGAGCCUAAAAGUGUUCCUGAGAUAACUGUACGCACAGAGGCUGUAAUAAUAAUUGAAAAAAAAUGUGCGUAGCCUACUCUAGGACAAAGCAGAAAGGCCAACUGCUACAAAGUUGUGUACAACUUACAUAUUUCGUUUAAAAACAUUUGUUUUGUCAUUAUUAUAUCGUUAUU